AUGAUGAUGACGCGAGAAUGUGGAUGUCCAGCAGUCUGGCAGCGGCAACCCCGUCACCACCACCACGGCAACAACAACCGGGACGACGUCGAGGAGACCGGGGCGACCCGAGGACGCAUAUUCAACGGCAAGCCGAGCAGACGGGGCUCCUGGCCGUGGCAGGUUUCUCUUCAGCUGCUCCAUCCGAAGCUCGGGUUCAUCGGCCACUGGUGCGGUGGGGUGCUCAUCGAUCAGAGCUGGGUUCUCACGGCUGGGCACUGCAUUCACAACGACCUGUUCAAUCUACCGAUCGGCGCUUUGUGGACGGCUGUGGUGGGCGAAUGGGAACUGGACUCGGGAGGUCGUGGGUCGGCUCGACUACCCGUCGAGAGGGUCAUUCUUCACGAGCGCUUUGAAAAUUACGUUCAUGACAUUGGUGAGUAA